UUUUGUUGCUCAGCAGGGUUGGAAGGUUUUUAGCUAAUCUUUAACCGACACAAUGUCCAGAAAGAAGGAGAGAAAAAGCGGUGAAAACAAGGAAAAACUCAACUCCGCAAGUAUCACAGCUACAGCUGGUUUCGACGAAAAAGAAAAGAGAUUAUAUCUGAUUCAAAUCGGAUAUUUGAACGAGAAGCUAGAGAGGUUUCAGAUGAAAUGUGAUGAACUUCAGAAGCAGAACCACAUCCUGAUCUCCCAGUGCGUGGACAAGAAGGACAUCACAGCGUACCUGAAGCACUCCCUUUCAGAGAAGGAGGGGGAGCUGGCCGAGCUGCGGCAGCAGCUGGAGGGAGAGCGUCACACCUUCGUCCAGGAAAAGCGUUCCCUGCAGCUGGAGCACGGCCAGCUGAGGCGGGAGCUGCAGGCCCGAAUCGAUAAGCUGGAGGAAAAAAACGCGGCGCUCGCGGAGAAACUUUGUGAUCUGGAAGAGUUUCAGAGGCAGAAGGACGAGUUGAUGAGCAUCGGGGAGAAUCUGGAGAAGCAGCUCGAACGUCAGAAAGAAGAACACAAAGAUGAGAUCCGCAACCUGGAGAUGAAGGCGCAGCUGGAGAAGAGGAGAUUAGAAGAGGAGUUGGAGAGAGAAGUGGCGGCCAUGUCGGCACAGGUCCAGCAUCUGGUGGAGCAGAAGCUCCCUGAGGCGACCCGGUCCGUCCUGCAGGAGAACUCGGAGCUGCAGAGCCUCCUGGGCCGGCUGUCGGCGCUGAGCCGCUCCCUGCAGCGGGAAAACGCGGCGCUGAGGGAGAGGAAGAAGCAGCUGAGCGUCGACACGGACGUCCUGGAGGAAACGCUGCGCCGCGCGGCGCGGGCCAGCUGCGUGCGUCAGAAGGACGUGCAGCAGCUCACAGGAGAGCUGCAGCGGCUGCAGCAGGACGACAGGGUCAAGCAGCAGCAGCUGCAGCGGAUUCAGGCGGAGCAGGCUGGACUCCUGGCUGACAUGGAGGCACUCAGACUGGACCGGGCCGCUCUGUCUGCAGAGUGGAGCCGGAGCCGAUCGGAGAGGAAUCAGCUGCGGGUGAAGCUGACGGAGGAGAGGAGGAGGAGGAGCAGGAUGAAGAGCGUCUUGCAGGAGGCAGCCAAGGCUCUCCGACAGGCCCUGAAGCAGGCUCCAGCAGAGCAGCAUGAAGGGGACAGCGCCCCCCAGUGGAGGCGGCUGCUGCAGAACCUGCAGGAGGUUCUGGACAGACAAACGGGAAGCGGUUCCUCUGCAGAGAGGCUGAGCGCGUCGCAGGCAUCGCCACGAGCAGAAAGUCAGAGUUUCCAGUCCCAGCCGUCCCAUCACAGAACCCGCGAUUCCUGCCCGGUUUCCCGACCCGGACCGAAACCCGGAGGCGCCCUCUGCAGGUCGGGAGCUGCAUCGUGCAGCUGCCUCCUUCCUCUGCACAGGAAGCCCACGAUUCAGAAGAGCUCCAGCUCUGUGAACUUUUCUCAUUCACCUGUGGGAUUUCUGACGUCCAAACAGUCAAACGGCCAAAAGUUUCUUCAAAUAAACCCGGAAAACACGAGAAAAGAUUUAAUCAUAACAGAAAAAUAUAUUUAAACAAAGAACGCUCCACCUGUUGAGAUUCAGACCUACAUCUGUAGGGUUUAUUUAGUAAAAAUAUUUCUGCACAAAGUGAUUUUCUUAACCUGGUUUUAAAGGGUUGCUGUUCUCCAAAAUGUCUUAAAAUACACCCAUCGAGGGCAGAGGUGUCAUAAUUUGGUUUCGUAAAGAUUUUAAAAUCUUUUUUUUUUUUGAGCUGGAAUGAUUUGUAACACCUGAUACCAAAAGUAAUAAGUUAAUUUAACUGUUUUAGGCUGAAUCAUGUAGGGAAACUAAAGAGAAUAUGAAUAACAUAAGAUUAUUGAUAUUAUAUAACAAUAAUUGAUCAUCAAUAGAUAAUGUUUUAUCUAUUGAUCACGUUUUUUAUCGUAAUGAUAAAAUGCCAAUGAUUUAUUAUGCAACACUUAACCUUUAAAAUAAUUCUCAUAAUUAUUCAACUUCAUCCAUCAAACUAAUUACCUAAACAUAUUUUUAAACAGAUUUCAAUUCCAGUCAGUUUUUUAGAUGAAAAGUUUAUCUUGUAAAUCUUUGGGAAUAAAAAACUUUAAAACAUGACUCGAGUUUUUCUCCCUGAAACACUGAAGCAGUUCAUUUGUUUCCUCCUGGAUGCGUCUUGUUCCGUUUACCGUCCAUCAAAAAUUAUGAAACAAUUAACGACGGAGAGGAAAUGGGAAAUAUUUACGCCAGAAACGCUUCAGGAUCUUUAAGUUUGCAUCUAUUAUCGCCAUCUACUGGUGCAGUGCGGGUAUUUCAGCCCAAAUCUGACUUUUUACAAGAAAAAUAUAAAGAUUAUGAAAUAUGAACACUAUGUUCACAGAGUUUAUAAUACAAUAAUUCAAACCAAACACACAGAUUUUAACUCUUUAAUCAAUAAUCAUGGUUAAAGGCAACGUUUCAGGCACUUCAAUUCUCACGUGAAGAUGAAAGUCAGCACCUUAACGAACAACGUUUAUAUUACAGACGAGACAAACUGGUGAACGACUAGACUAUGACCACCGUAUGUACAAUGAAAUACAUAUCUGCAUUAAAAACUAUACUCUGAUAAAUAUAUAACUUCAUGGAUUGUUGAGGAGUAUUAGGAAGUAUUCAAAAUACUGCAGUUGUAGAAGUACAGUUGAGUAUUCAGGGGUUUGGGAUGAUGGGAAUAUUUCCACUCGAAUAUGAAAAUGUGGAUUUAAAUGAUUAUCUGAGCUGAGAGAAGAAAACAUUUCAGGCACAAUCUGAAGGUUACAUUCAUAUUCAAAGGGCACUUUGGACUCAUGGAGGUGGAAAGAAAAUAUGUAGAUAAAUAGAAAAGG